AUGAACUUCCUUAAACUUUACUUAAUAAUUCGUUUAAUAAAUCUACGAAGCUCACAGGGGAAUGAAGGCGAAGGUCCUGUAGAAACGAAAGAAUGCCGCGAAAGAGAUCGCCUUGUUGGAUCAGACAAAGAAGACCUUUACUCUCUGGUAGAUGUAAUAGAAGGACAAACUUUGAUUCUGAGGUGUCGUUUUUGUAAGGAAGAACAUACAGAUCGGCCAAAAAACUGGUUCAAAGUUGAUCAAAUCGGUAUAACUGAAGCACACGAAGUGAAACUGGAUAUGAACAACGAUCCUCAGCAAAAUCGAGUAACAGUUAAUCACAAGCACAGUUUAGUUAUAAAUAAUUUCACUGUCAAUGAUACAGGUUUUUAUUAUUGCCUCAAUUUUGAAGAUAAAACAAACGAUGAAAAGUUUAAUUAUUUAGUGGACAUAGUUUUUCCAGAACAGUCGGAUAAUUAUGAGAAAGAAUUCGUAUAUUUGAAAGAAAUUUUGAAAAUCAACGCUGAAAUGGUAACACAGUGGGCUCCAUGGGGAACGUGUGAAGCUUGCGGAAGACCUCAAGGAGAAGGUGUAAUGAAAAAGAAAGGAAAUUGCAGAAUAAAGUUAACACCUUAUGCUUAUCAACCAAAAAACCUAUCUCCAGAAGAAGUUUACUUGUAUCAAGCUCCAGCAGUUUCCUGCAGAUCGAAACGUCUUUACGCAACAUUUCCUCACAUAAGCAACUACACCAAUAGAAUUCCUGAUUUUAUUUUAGAAGAUCGAUGCACUGCCUCUUGUAAUCCAGAUGCUGAAGGUGUGUUUUUUAUAGGAUGGAAGGUUGGUAAAGGUAAAGGAUUCAAAUACAAAAAACACUCAGUACUACAAGAAGGCUCUCAUCUUACAUUUGUUUGUCCUGAAUCUUCUUUGGACAACAAGGUGGCUUGGAAGAAAAAUGGCAGAGCCCUUCCUAGAGGCGAUAACAGUAAUCCUCACGUAAUAGUUGAUACAUUUAAUACUCUUUACCUUGUUGAAGUUACUCAAGUUGAUGCUGGUAACUAUACUUGCUACGUAGAUGACAUACGCAUGCAACAAAUUGUCAUUUUUGUCUACAGCAAAACGAAAUUAUUAACCAACGAAAUGGUUAGAUAUUUUAUGUAUUUAGGAUUCGUUUUGUUCCUAUCGUCGUUUUGCUAUUGCGGCGGAUUGGUUAUACUGUUUAAGCGCAGACAUUUAUACAAGACAUAUGAAGAAUUAAAAGAAGCUUUGAGCAAACCGAACGCAGAGGAAUUGGAGAAUUUGGUUUGA